AUGUCAUCCAAACCAACCGGAACACCCUCGUCCAAAAAACCGAAACCCCUCUUCAUCCUCCCCAAAUCUCACUUCGACAAAGCCAAGUCCUCAGAAGACGCCCUCUCCAAACGUCCGCCGACUCCGUAUUACCCUCCUGCCCGCCAGUCUGAGGGGGAGAGUUCUGGAGUCGGUGAUGAGAAGGGAAAAGACCACCAGAAGGAGGAUGUCAAGGAUGCCAAGAAGAAGCAGAACAACUAA